UUAUGGAUUGCUUGAUAACCACAUCCUUAUCCAAAUCUAACUCGCACAAAAAAUGUCAGUCGCUUUGCUCUCUUCCCUCCCGCUUUCUUCUCCAAUCCAUUUUCCCUCUUCCAAAUUCAAAUCUUUGAGGCCUCCCAACGCCACCCCAUCGCAAAUCUCCCCGCUCAAUCCAACCCCCUCUCCUUCCCAAUUCCCCGACAAGACCGGCGUCAUCGUUAUCGGCGCCGGCCUCGCCGGCUUAGCCGCCGCGACUCACCUCCAGGCCGAGAACAUCCCGUUCCUCCUCCUCGAAGCCUCCGACGCCGUCGGUGGCCGCGUCCGGACCGAUUUCGUCGACGGCUUCACUCUCGAUCGCGGCUUCCAGAUCUUUAUCACGGCAUAUCCCGAAGCUCGGAAGCUUCUCGACUACGACGCCCUCGAUCUCCAGCGGUUUUACUCCGGCGCUAAGGUCUUCUUCGGCGGCCGCUUCCACACCGUUGCGGAUCCCCGGCGGCAUUUCUCCGAUUCGCUCCAAUCGCUCGCGAAUCCGAUCGGUUCUCUGAUUGACAAAUUUUUAAUCGCGCUGACGAUAAUUAGGGUUCUGAGCAAGUCUGAUUUUGAUAUUCUGACAGCCGAUGAGGUGGAGACGAUUGAACUGCUGAGGAGCACCGGGUACUCCGAUUCGAUCCUGGACCGCUUCUUCCGCCCCUUUUUCGGCGGGAUAUUCUUCGACAGGGAGCUCGAAACCACUUCCAGAUUGUUCGAUUUCGUUUUCAAAUGCCUCGCGCUCGGCGACAACACUCUCCCGAGGAACGGCAUCGCCGCAAUCCCUGAGCAAUUGGCCGCGAAACUGAAUCCGAGCUCGAUCGUGUUGAAUUCUAGGGUAAUUUCGAUCGAUCACGAGUCGGGAGAGGGGGUAGUCGUGAAUCUGCAAAGCGGGGAGUCGUUGAGGAGCGAUCUCGGAGUGAUACUCGCAAUCGAAGAAUUCGAAGCCGCGAAAGUUGUAACCGGAAAAACAGAGGCGAAACUGCCGGCGCGAAGCACAAUUUGCCUGUAUUUCUCGGUGGACGAGGACAAGGUUCCGGUGAAGGAGCCGGUUCUGCUUCUGAACGGGUCGGGUCGGGGCAUAGUGAACAACAUGUUCUUCGCGAGCAAUGUGGCACCAUCAUACGCUCCCGCCGGGAAGGCACUGGUGUCGGUGUCACUGAUCGGUGUGUAUAGUGGGGUGGGGGAGGAGGAGCUGGUGGAGCGGGUGGUGAAGGAGCUGUCGGAUUGGUUCGGGGAGGAGGCGGUGGGGUGGUGGAACUACCUGAGGAUGUAUCGGGUGGAGUUUGCGCAGCCGAACCAGAGGCCGCCGACGAAUUUGUUGAAGGAGGCGAGGGUGAGGGUGAAGGGCGGGGGAUUGUAUGUGUGUGGGGAUUAUGUGACUCAUGCCACGUUUGAUGGGGCGUUGCUCUCGGGGAGGAGGGCUGUCGAGGCCCUGCUGAAAGAUCGAGCGGCGGUUGGCCUUUGAUCUUUCACUGUGAUUUCUCGACGGCAGAUCUCUUUCCUCCGGGUUAGGGGUUGUGAUAUUUUUUCAUUUUUUAAUGUGAACAACGAUUCUUAUGGUAUAUAUUUUGUGUAUAUGUGUUAACAUUUAUAAUAACAAGAUGGAUUUUUGUAA